AUGGAAGAGAGUUUUACAAGUAAUCCAGAAAAUCCUGAAGAUUCACAUAACUCUAAAGAAUAACAAUCUAAUAGCACUCAAGCCUUUUUUAAUUUUAUAAAAAGUUUGGUAGGAAUUGCAAUACUUGAUUUACCUUAUUCAGCAAAUGAAUGUGGUUAUGCUUUGGCUAGUAUACUACUUUUGAUUCUAUCAUAUGGUACAAUUAGAACAAGCUUAAUGCUUAUUAAAGUGGCAGAAGAAUCAGAUAUUCAUUAUUACUCUAAAAUUGUGAAGGAAUUUAUGGGACCAAUCUCAGCUUCAAUUUUGGACAUCUUUUUAUCAGGUUAGUAAGUAUAUAUAUCAAAUGUUAAUAUAGUUAUUUGCUUGUAUUGCGUAUAUAAUAUUUUUUCAGCAAAUGUGUUAAUUGGCAUUUUCCAGCCUUCCAAAUUAUGUUAGUAUAAUAAUUUCAUUACUGAUUAUUAUUCCAUUGUCAUUAAUAAGAGAUUUACAUUUCUUUCAUAAAACAAGUACAGCUGGAUUUCUAAUUGCAGUGUUUGUAUUGGUAACUAUUUCAGGAAUUUCAAUUUCUUAAUUUGGAACAGUUUAAGAUGUUGUAGCAUUUAAUGCAUCAGGAAUGUUUAAGUUUAUAGGUGUUGCUAUGUUUGCAUAUGAAGGUAUUUGUACAACACUUCCUGUAAGAUAUUCGAUGAAAGAUUAAAAAAAGUUUCCAUUUGUAUUUUUGAGCAGUUCAUUAACAUGCUUGUUUAUGUACAUUGCUUUCAUUAUAAUAAAUUGUAUAGCUUUGGGUACAAAAUUGUAAUAAAUUAUUGUUUUUAACUUACCUAAUGAUAAAUUGUGGGCAUUUGCAUUGUAGUUUUUAUAUGCCAUAUCAAUUUUAUUUACAUACCCAGUUUAAAUAUACCCUGCAUUUACAAUAAUUGAAAAUAGGUUAAAAAUAAGAGAUACAAAAAUUAUAUGGAUUGUUGAGAGAAUGAUUGUAACAUCCAUUUUAUAUGUGAUUGCAUAUGUAAUACCAAGUUUUAAUACUUUCCUUAAUUUAAUUGGAAUGGUUUUUGGAACAUUUUUAUAAUUCAUUUAUCCAAUAACUUUGUAUUUGUUGUAUUUUCGUGAUAAUUUAAGAGUUUUUGAAUGGAUUGAAGCUUCACUUGUAAUGAUAAUGGGUGUUGGUGCAGGUGUACUUGGUUUGUACUUUUCAAUAGAUGAUUUAGUGAAAUAAAAUAGUUGA